AUGCCUGUGAUAAUUUGGCGGGGUGAUUUUAGGUGAGGGCUGGAGACACCUCAGCUCUGGAUUAUUUGCGACAACUACAACAAUUCCUUCAAAAUGGCUGCACCUAUGGAUCAGCGCAUAAAUGUCCCCAUAGACGAUCCAAAUGCAGAUACUGAAUGGUAAAUUCUCAUCUUUCCUUCCAGACUACACUACUAACAAACAUCAGGAACGAUAUCCUCCGAAAACACGGCGUGAUCCCAGAAAAGCCCCCCUCACCAACCCCUCUCAUCGAAGAAGCCAUCCUCGAAGGACGCCGACUAGCACACGAAAACCGGUUAGAAGGCAAAGAUCUCGAUGAACUCGACGAAUUAGAAGAUCUAGAAGACGAGAACUUUUUGGAAAAAUACCGACAACAACGAGUCCAAGAACUCGCGUCGCUGACCAAGAAAGCCGUCCAUGGAGCGGUCUACCCAAUCUCAAAACCAGACUAUUCCCGCGAAGUCACAGAUGCUAGUGCAAAUGGACCAGUAUUGGUGAACUUGACAAGUGGAAUGGGGGCAAAUGUUGAAAGCAGAGUUUUGACUGAAUUAUGGAGGCAGGCAGCAGCCGAGUAUGGGGAGAUCAAAUUCUGUCAGAUUCGAGGCGAUUUGGCGAUAGAGGGGUAUCCUGACAAGAACUGUCCAACCAUUCUCGUAUACAAUAAAGGAGAUAUUGUGAAACAGGUGGUUACGCUGAUGACGCUCGGCGGUGUCAGGAUUGGAAUGACCGCCAUCGACAAGUUGCUUAUUGAGGUUGGAGCUAUUAGAGAUAACGACAUGCGAGUGAUGAAGAGACGAAGAGAUGCAGAAGAUUUGGCUGAAGAGAAAAGAGCAAAGGGUGGAAUUCGAGGUAGUAGCAAACAAGCCAAUGUGGAAGACGACGAUGAUUGGGACUGAAGAACUAUAACAGCGUUACAAAUGCAUGGCAACGGCGUUGGUUGGGACUUAACAUUUAGCUUAGUACAAAAGCAUCUCGGAAUUGGCUUGAU